AUGCAUCAUCCAGCCGUCCAGAGCCCAAUCAACCUGUUAAAAAGCCAUGCACUCACCGUGGACGAUGCAGAACCGUUGCAGUACGUUGGCCACUGGCACGAUCGGGGUCCGGGAAUGCUGGCUAAUGACGGACGAACGGCGGUGCUCACGGUUAGUGGGAAACCACACGAUCCGUUCCUUGUAGGUGGACCACUCACCGGUGUGUACGUGUUCGAGCAGCUUCACUUUCACUGGGGACCGGAUGAUGCUGCCGGUUGCGAGCAUCUCCUAGAAGGACGAACUCAUUCAAUGGAGGCACACCUCGUGCAUUAUAACGCCCGAUACGGCAGCUUUAUGGAUGCUCGUGAUCAACCGGAUGGUCUUGCGGUGGUGGCGUUUUUGUUCCAAGCGGACAGCAGCGCCCCGGAUUGGGAUCCGUUGGAACCACUCGUACGGGCUCUGGAACACGUGCACCAACCCGGUACGGUCACACCGAUUCCGCAGGGUUGUCUUCGCUGGCUAACAAGCCAGGAUUUUAAGCGGCAUUACUACACGUACCGGGGUUCCUUAACUACCGCUCCGUAUUCCGAAAGCGUCACGUGGCUCGUUUACCGAACACCGAUUUACGUAUCCUGCAGGCAAACGGAUGCCUUCCGGAGACUGCACCGGUUCUCCGGUAACCCAUCGCGAACGAUGGCCAUCGGAAGCAACUAUCGUCCGAUUCAGACACCGACCGUUUCCGCAGGGCUCGUAUUUGUUCGGAACCACAGCUCAAACCCGGCGAACUCAAAACUGUAG